CGCGCCGGCCUGGUAGAGCCCAUGGCGUCCGAGCGACUGUCGAGCCGGCCCGCCUGCCUCCUCGUGGCCAGCGGCGCCGCAGAGGGUGUGUCUGCCCAGUCCUUCCUCCACUGUUUCUCGCUGGCCAGCGCCACCUUCAACCUGCAGGUGGCCACCCCUGGGGGGAAGACCAUGGACUUCGUGGACGUGAACGAGAGCAAUGCUCGCUGGGUGCAGGAUUUCCGCCUCAAGGCAUAUGCCAGCCCUGCCAAGCUGGAGUCCAUUGAUGGUGCCAGGUACCACGCCCUCCUGAUUCCCAGCUGUCCCGGGGCGCUGGCCGACCUGGCCAGCAGUGGCUCCCUGGCCCGCAUCCUCCAGCAUUUUCGCUCAGAGAGCAAGCCCAUCUGCGCGGUGGGCCAUGGCGUCGCCGCCCUGUGCUGUGCCACCAACGAGGACCGAUCCUGGGUCUUCCAAGGCUACAGCGUCACGGGGCCGUCCGUGUAUGAGCUCGUCAGGGCGCCUGGCUUUGCCCGCCUGCCCCUCAUCGUGGAGGACUUUGUGAAGGACGCGGGCGCCAGCUUCAGUGCCAGUGAGCCCGAUGCCGUGCACGUGGUGCUGGACCGCCACCUUGUCACAGGCCAGAACGCCGGCUCCACCGUCCCAGCCAUGCACAGCCUGCUCUUUCUCUGCGGCAGCCGGAAGUGAGAUGGCUUCCCGCCCGCCAGUGGACGCCGCCGCCUCCAGACCGCCCAGGCGUCCCUGGAGAUGGCUGGAUUCCCCAGGCGUCCAGGGGCCCCGCCUCCCUGACAGCCCCGGAGAGUGACUUUCAGACACCCCAACCUGACCUGGUGGGAUUGUUGGAGGCCCCCGAGAAUCAGCCCUGCAGAGUGUCCCCUCUGGCGGAGGGGUCGACCUCCCAACCCCCAGGCCAUUUGCUCUUCUUGGGACACAGCGGGGGGGCUCAGGGCCAUCAGGUGGUCGCUGAGAAUUCCACGUGAGCUUAGCACGGAGAGCUGGUCCGAGUGAGUCGGCCGGGGGGGGGGGGUCCCGGUGUGGGUCUUGGCCCCUGUGGUCUUCCCGCGCACUGCCGGCUGGCCCCUCCCCUCUGCCUGUCCCUGGCCACCCAGGCUGAGCCUCUCUGGCGGCACCAGGAUCCCGUUUUGUGCGGUGAGGACUGCCCAGGCCUCUGUGCUGCCCCCCAUUCCUCUGGGUGUGGGGGAAGCCGUGGUCCGGCAGGCUGGAGCUGGCUCAGCACUUUCCACUUGCCCAAGGCAGGGGCGGGGGGGCAGGGGGGGCGCGGCUUGUGGUGGACGCAAGCUCCCGGCCCCCAGACCGGCACCAGACCUUCCGGUGCUGAAGGAGCUGCCCUAAUUUUAAUCCUUGUUUGGUGUGUGGUUUCGAGUGUGAUGGUGACACCACGUGAGGCCAUCGCUUCUGACGUUGAGAGAGACGCGUUUAAUCGGGUCUUCAGGAAGCCGCGCUGCUCACCCAUGGCCCUGCCCGCGUGGCCUGUGGGUUUGUAGCUGCUCCAGGGCUUUCAAGGUAGACGUGACCAAAGCACAGACCCUACUGGGCAAGAGGCCUGGGGAGCAACCACCCUGGGGCUACAUGUGGGGUGCCGGUCGGUCCCCACCACCCAGGCCCUGACAGGCCUGUGCUGGGGAUGCUCCUUCCUGGCACGGCCAGAUCACCCUCUGGUCUCGGGGGCCAGCCUGGGCCGUGGCCCUUGGAUGGGGCCUCCGGGAGCUGGGCAGUUCCUCUUGUGGGUCCCACCUUUGCUUGUUUCCCGCCCAGACUUGGCUUGUCUGGCUCUGCUGUAUCCAACUCCUCAGAACAGAGGAGGAGGAAGGAGGCAAGGCACCCCCCGAGUC